AUGUGGUUCAUGUCUUGGGCCUGCAUGGCCAUAUUGGCCAGUCCCGUCGCAGCCGUCACGCAGAUCACCGACGAUGACAUGACCUUGCUCCUCAACGCCGGCGGCGCGGAUCUAGCCAACCUCUACGCACCGCUGUGGUUCUUCGCUCAGGCUGAGAAUCACCCUCCGUGUUAUCCCACUUGGGCGUUUGGCGGGUCUCCAGACACCUCUGACACCUAUGACGCCGCCCACAAAACACCCGCUGCAGCCCAAUGCCAGUACCCUAACGUUGGGUGCAACUGCCGCAAUCCCGGUGUUGACACUGGGAACCCAGGGCCCGCGUUCCCAGUCUACUACACAUUCAAGCAGUGCAACGAGACCGAAAUACGCGUUGUCUAUAACCUUUUUUACGAAAAGGAUGGCGCGACAUUUGGUGUGAUCCAAACCGGCCAUGACUAUGAUUGGGAGCGAGUGGUGAUCAUUCACUCGCGCGACGACAAUGAUAUGUGGGCGCCUUCGCGUGCACUGCUCUCCGCUCAUAGCGGUUAUAAUAAUCUGGCUUGGGGUGAUAUCCAGAAUACUCUGACCACGGAUCAGAUCAAUGCCGGAGAUGCUAAGGAUCCGAAUGGUGUACAGGAUCAAGAUCAUCCUAAGGUUUAUGUGGCUUGGUCGAAACACCCUAAUUUUGAUACCCGUAACACAGGAUUCAUCGAUCCUAUCAGCCAGUCCUUGGACGACGCGUAUCGCAGUGAUGAUUGGUGGCAUUAUGUUGAUCCUCAGUACUAUAUUCGUUCCGAUAACAGUACCGUGGCUGGUCAAGCUCUUGGAUCUGCCGAUUGGGGAAGCGCUACUAGUAAUCCACCCUUGGUGCAGGCCAGUGUUUGUGAUGCAUCUUGA